CGUGAUCCCGGUUACCUGGCAACCUGGAGAGUUUGGAGGCGGAGAUUCCAUGAAGCGCUGGAACCGCAGGUAGAGCUGCCAGGUUGCCUACAGAUAGCUGGAACUUCAUCCACCAUGUGUCCUGCUCUGAGCACAGACUUAAAGCAAGAGGUUUUAACAGACCCAUAUGAAAGUUUUAUGCACCAUCAUCUGCAGUAUUAUGGCUAUUUCAGAGGCCUGGAACCUAGAGAACAAUUUAAACUGCCAGUCCAAAGAUGCCGCAAAGUGGUUACAGACAGUGAUUCAGAUAUGCCAUCCUCGCAGGAGGAUCAGAAAAAGCUAGUCUAUUCACUAUUGCUGGACAGCCCUGUUUUUAAGAGCAGGCAGCUUGUUUUUGAAGAUCAGGAGGGGAAAAUCAUCCCACGACUCAGAGAGCCAAAAGAUCUGUAUGGCAGUUCCAGUCAAGAUGGCUGCUGGCAACAAGCACGGUGGCCUAGUGAAUGUGAAGUCAUCAAGCAAGAUAUCAGCCACAUUGAGUGGGAUCCAACAGACCGAGAAAUCUUUUACAAACCCACAGGAAAUGAGCCAAAGCCUCCAGUCGUUUCUGAAGGAACAGGAGCUGUGGUAUAUGAAAUCAGUCCAGCUCAUAAGGGGUCUUACUUUAAGGGGUCCCGGACUGGUGGGCGCAAGUGUUCACACAGAAAGAACCAGAAGGUGCAGUGUAACAAUGACCUGCAGUUUGAAUCUCGGUUUGAAAGUGGAAACCUCCAGAAAGCAAUGAAAGUUGGCAUGUAUGAGUAUGAGCUGACCCUACGCACUGACCUGUACACCAGCAAACACACCCAGUGGUUCUACUUUCAGGUGAAAAACACAAGAAAAGGGGUUCCGUACAGGUUCACUAUCACAAAUCUGAUGAAAACCAACAGCUUGUACAAUGAAGGCCUGAAGCCUUUGCUGUACUCCCAGCAGGAUGCUGCGCUGAAAGGCAUAGGAUGGAGAAGGGAAGGUAAAGACAUUAAAUACUAUAAGAACACCAGGUCCCUGGAUGGCCGCUCUCUGUACAGCCUAACAUGGACGUUUGAAUUCCCACAUGAUGAUGACAUUUGCUAUUUUGCUCAUUGCUACCCAUACACAUACUCUGACUUGCAAAGAGAUUUGAAGAGCAAGAUCAGUGACCCUGCGUGCUCACAUUACUGCAAACUGCGCACUUUGUGUAGGAGUUUAGCCGGCAACAGUAUUUACCUGCUCACCAUCACUUCUCCCUCCACAAACCUCACAACCGGUGCCAAAAAGAAAGCCAUAGUGGUAACUGCCAGAGUGCAUCCAGGAGAGACCAAUGGGUCAUGGAUGAUGAAAGGUUUCUUGGAUUUCAUCCUGAGUGAUUCCCCAGAUGCUCAGCUUCUCCGGGAUACUUUUAUCUUCAAAGUUGUGCCAAUGCUUAACCCCGAUGGGGUCAUUGUUGGGAACUAUCGCUGCUCUCUGUCUGGAAGAGAUCUGAAUAGGAACUAUAAAAGCAUGCUUAAAGAUGCCUUCCCUUGCAUCUGGCACACUCGCUCUAUGGUGAAAAGGCUUCUUACUGAGCGAGAAGUUAUCCUCUAUUGUGAUUUUCAUGGACACAGUCGGAAAAACAAUGUCUUUAUGUAUGGCUGCAACAGCAAGGGACAUCCCCUCACAAAACUGCACGAGAGAAUUUUUCCCCUGAUGUUGAGUAAAAAUGCACCUGACAAGUUCUUAUUUAAGGGAUGUAAGUUUAAAGUGCAGAAAAGUAAAGAAGGAACCGGUCGAAUUGACAUGUGGAAACAGGGAAUCCAAAACAGCUACACCAUGGAGGCAACAUUUGGCGGAUCUACGCUUGGGAACAGAAAAGACACGCAUUUUACAACACAGGACCUAAAGUCUAUGGGGCAUCAUUUUUGUGACACAUUGCUUGAUUAUUGUGACCCUGAUAGUUCCAAGUUUAAGUUGUGCUUGUCAGAACUACAAAGGUUAGUGGAAGAAGAUAUCAGAGAGAAAAUGAAGCAGCUCGGACGUGACAUGGAUUCUGAUUUCACAUUAAGUGACAUUACUCUAUCUGACUUGGAAUCCAGCACCAGUGGAUCCAAUAGCUCAGAAUCAGAUGGUCUGCCAGCCCAUUUAGUGGACAUUGCCGAAAAGUUUUAUCAGAAGAAAAAGAGACGACUCCGAUCGAGAAAGGAGAGGAACAGCUUGUAUCAAAAGCGUAACGCCAGGCAGAAACAAAAGUUACAUGAAGCUGUGGAGGUUUCCGAACCAGCUGCUCAUAUUGUCAGAAAUGAACUUACUAAAAGUUCUGGGAAGAGGAAGAAGGAACAGAAAGUCGCCAAGAUAAAGUUUCAGGAAGAUCUGGUGCCUCAGACUGAAGAGAAUCUAACAACUGCAGCUCCAACAGAAAAGUCAUCCAUGUUGUAUUCACGGAAACCAGAAUCUGUCUCCAUGAAGACUCAGAUGAUCAACAGUCUCCCAACCUCCUGCGUUAGAGACUUCAUGGAUCUCGAUCAUGUUUGUGAGCGGCAAAUGACCAUUAGGCCCCGCCCAAGUGCGAAUGGAAACCGCCUGCCGCUGAUUAUAACCGUGGUUCAGCAAUCCACUUUGCCGCCAGUUCCCAAAGGCAUUUCCGCACUGAAGCAGCACCCGCCUCCUUUCCAUUCUAUACUGGAUCAGAGCGGUGAUCAGCUGACAGUUGCAGAUCAUGUGUUUAGAAGAGAUAAAUCCGUGGCUAAGCGAGGGUUUUCUUCCGCAGGGAUAAGGCCAUAUUGCUCUGGAAUCAGUGGAGAAAAACAGAAAGUCCUUGAUGGCUCCAUCGUCCCAUUGGAUCUACAUCUGAGUCUUAGCCCAGAGGUGCACAGGCAAAACAAACCACGCCAGGAGCCUCUCAUCACUUUGGGCUCUACAGAAUAUUUCGAGGGCUUUCUACCAAAACCAAAAACCGACCCUAUAAGGAGAUUUCCCGGUAUAUCCAGUUCAGAACCCCAUUUCCCUAACUCCUCAGAAGAUAUAACUGUAAGAAAUACGAUGAAGUGAAGAAUGCUGCUAUGGAUUCACGGAUAAUUGUUAAACAUUGGUUGUUGAUGGUCAUGUGACUUAGCCCUAUCACCAAUGGUGCAUUUUUCAACUGAAGACACAGUGUUAUUACAUGGGCGCAGGCUGGCGGAACGGAGGGGCUCAUUUCUACUACAAGGCGAAGGGGUAGUUCACCUUGAAGCUAACUUUAAUUAUGUUAUUAAAUGUCUUAUUCUAAGCAACUUUUCAAUUGGUCAUUUUUAUAAUUAUAGUUUUUGAAUGCUUUGCCCUCUCUUUCCAGCUUUCAAAAAAGGGCCCAAAUAACUAUUGCUCUGUGUGGCUCUUAUGUUAUUGUAUACCAUUCAUCUUCCAGUCUCUUAUUCAAAUCGAUGUCUGGUUGUUAGGGUAAAUUGGACUCUAGCAACCAGCUGGAUGUUAAAAACUCACUGGGCCAACGUGAGCGAUGUACCUUCAUCUUACUUGUCUUGGAUGAAGACACACGGAGCUACAUAGUAGCAGCUACUUGUCAUGGCUACUAGAUGCCAGAAAAUACCCUGCCAUAGACAAUACUGGGAAUUGCCUCUGCUAAGAGAAAAUUAUCAGUAAAUGAUCAGCAUUGUCCAUUUUAGUAACCACAACAAGUAGCUGCUACUAGUAGCUUUAUGUGUCUUCACCCUUAGUGACCCUUUGCAGUAGCUCACAGACCAGUACCCUUCUAUCUCUCUGUAGCUUUCAAAUUGGGGUCACUGACCCCGGCAGCCAGAAAACUAUUGCUCUGUGAGGCUUUAGUUUUGUUGUAACUUAUUUUUCUAUUCAGGUCUUCUCCUAUUCAUAUUCCUGUCUCUCAUUUAAAACACUGCCUGGUUGCUAAGGUAAUUUGGACCCUAGCAUCCAGAUAGCUGCUGAACAAACGCUGAAA